AUGGACGCGAGCAGGGACUCCCUCGACGGGCCCGGGUUCGUCGUGGCGCUGGGGAAAUUCGACGCCAUGCACUUGGGCCACCGCUCGCUCGCGGAGGCCGCCGCGGACAUGGGGCACCCCUUUCUCAUUUCGUUCUGGGGCAUGGCGCAAGUGCUAGGCUGGGAGGAGCGCCGGCCCAUCGUCGCGCCGGUCGACCGCCCGCGCGUGCUGCGUCAGUGGGCCAAUCACUGCCGCGGCCUCGUGCCGCACCAGCGCUUCCUGCCCUUCGACAAGGUGCGCUCGAUGUCGCCGCGGGAGUUCGUCGAGCUGCUCGCGUACGACCUCGGCGCCACCGGCGUCGUCGUUGGCAGCAACUAUCGUUUUGGCCAUCGCGCGAAAGGCACCGCGGCCGACCUCGUCGAGCUCGGCACGGAGAUGGGGAUGCGCGUGCGCAUCGCGGACCUCCUCACGGAGCACCGCGCGGACGGCCCCGUCACGAAGCUCCCGGUGGUGUCGUCCUCGAGGGUGCGCAAGCAUCUGAGCAAAGGCGACAUGGACGCGGUGGCUGCGCUGCUCGGCCGGCGGCACCGCCUGGUGGCGACGAUCACGACGAGCCCGGCCGUCGCGACGGCUGCGGACCCGGGGCACUCGGACGGGCUGCGUGCGAUGGGCACCUCGAUGCCGGACACCGACAGUCAGUCAGUUACACUCCGGAGACGGUUCCCCCGGUCGGCCGGUGCGGCGCGAGCAGAGGCCGAAGCCCCCACCCAUGUGCGCCUGUGGCCUUUUCCCGCGCCGCGCAUGCUGCUCAUGUCGCCCGCGCAGAUCGCGGGGCACGCGAUCCGGUUUCCGCUGGACGCGCUGCUAAACGAGCCGCCCGGGCGCGCCGGGACGUACCGGGCGGGGGUCACGCUGUGCGGGGAGGGCGAGGAGAAUGGGACGGUGGGGUGUGUUCUGGGGGAUGUGGAGGUGGAAGUGGGCGACGGACAGCUCGUGAUCCCGCUGAACGAUUCGGGGGUGGACUGGGAGGCGGUGGAGAAGCUGUUGCAGGGCGGGGCGCGGCUGAACGUGGACUUGUGA